GCGAAAUUCAUUACGCUUUCAAAUAUUCCGUUGAAGUAUCGAUGAAAGAAACUCAUUGAUGUGAAAUGCGCUUGCGUAUUCUACAUCUACACACAUAGCACCUGAAGCUAUUCCGGAAUGGCAAUUACCAGCUCUCCUAUUGGCUGAAUUCCUCAACCAUCGAACUUUGCAUGCUUAUCCACCUAAUUGGUUGGCUGGAGAGGUUUUUGCGCAUGCUCUGAAAUGCUUUCUGGGAUGAUUGGUGCAGUAGAAGGAGCCGAUGUUCCGAUUGGCUUCUCUGGAGAAGGACGGAGACCGCGCUGAACUUUUCGAAUUUCAGUGAGAGGUUUGCGGUUGCUGGGAUGUCUGGUGUGCCUGAACGCUUCAUCUCAUUGCUGACAUGUCCUUCCCUAAGGCUCCACUCAAACGCUUCAAUGACCCGUCGGGCUGUGCACCAUCUCCAGGAGCUUAUGAUGUCAAAACUUCAGAAAUACCAAAAGGACCUGUAUCAUUUGAGAAAUCACAACGAUUUAGACGGCAUCAGGCAGCUUCUAUGGAAAGUCAACAAGGUCUUAAUUAUGACAAAGAUAAGUCUAUUUCCACAACUGCAAAAAAUCUGAAACCUUUGAGAUUAAAGACAACAUCUCAAAGGGAUAUUAAAGAGCUGAAAAAGCUAAAGAUGCAAGAGAAAGAGAUACGUGCCCUGGUGCAUGAACGUGGAAUACAAGAUAAACAUCUUCAAGAUCUGGAAGCAGAGUUUGAGAAGAUGGAAGCAAAGCUAAAUAUAGCUGUCAGAGAGAAAACAUCUCUCUCAGCAAAUAUUGCAUCUUUGGAAAAGCAACUUAUUGAAUUAACUAAAGCUAAUGAACUACUAAAAAUAAAGUUUUCUGAAGAUGGUAACCAGAAGAAAAUGAGUCAUCUAAGUUUAGAGUUAAUGAAACUGAAGAAUAAGAUUGAAACAAAGAAGAAGAAUGUUGCUGAUAAACAAGAAGGGAUGGAAAUCAAACUACAUGCAGCACAAAAGAAUCUUCAUGAUUCUCAAGGAAACUUGGCACAACUUGAAGAAAAACUGGUUACUACAGAAAAAGAAAAGACUGAAGAAAAAUUAGAAAUUGAAAAUUUCUUGGAAUAUAUUACAGAAGUAAGCUCUACAUCAGAUCAGUUGGAGAAAUAUAAGUUGGAUAUUGUCCAAUUGGAAGAGACCUUGAAUCAGAAGAAUCAAGAGAUUUUGAUCCUUAAGCAGUCUCUGGAUGAAAAUGUGGAUGUGUUAUCUAAAAAAAUUAAAGACCUGAACACUAGAUGUCAGACACUUGAAAAACAAAAAGAGGAACUUAUCAGGCAAGACAAAGAACAGGAAGAAAAUCUCAAUGCUGAGAUACUAAGCUUGAAAGAAAGAUUAACUCUAGAAAAACAAGAAAAUGAAAAGCUAGGACAAAGACAGACAGAAAUUGAUUUACGUCUGCAACAAGAGCAGGAAUUGUCUUCUAGUCUUAAACAAAGGCUUUGUCUAUUCCAAGAAGAGUUAAUUAAUGAGAAAAAUCUUUUUCAAGAAGAAUUAAAAGAAGCAUUCAGUGAGCUAGAUAAAUUGGAACAAAAGGAUGAGCAGGCUAAAAGGCUCGUGAAGCAGUUGGAACAAGAGAACGCAUCCAGAACUACUGAGCUCCAACUUUUAGAAGAAAAGAUUAAAGGAAAACAGGAUGAAAUCGAGAAAAGCAAUGAAGCCUCUUUACACUGGCAGAAAAAGUACAACGAUACGUUACAAAAUCUUAAAGAAGUCAUUGCUGAAUUUGAAAGCCAUAAAGGAUCAAUGGCUGAAGAGAUGGAAAAUCUUAGGUAUAAGAAUUCAUCACUACAGAAAAAGACUUCUGAGGCAGAAAAAUCAGUUGAACUUAUGCAGCAGCAAGUGUUGGAGGUUCAGCAUUCUAAAAAUAAAAAGGAUGAAGAGCAUGCAAGGAUGCUUCUAGACAUGCAGAGUAAACUGGCACUUAAAGAAGAAGAAAUAAAAGAAACAACAGCUUCUUUUCUAGAACAGGUAUCCGAUUUACAGAACAAACUCAAGCAACAAAGUGAAGAUUUUAAGAAACAUCUUGAGAUGGAAGAAACAAGCAAAACUGGAGAAAAAACUAUGGAAUUAAUGGAAGAAGUGAAAAAAUGGCAUCUUCUUUACGAAGAACUUUAUAACAAAACAAAACCUUUUCAGCAACAAUUGGAUGCAUUUGAAGCAGAGAAGAGAGCUUUAUUGACUGAACAUGGUGCUACCCAGGAAGAACUGAAUAAACUAAGUGAAUCAUACGCUAAGUUAUUGGGGCAUCAGAAUCAAAAGCAAAAAAUCAGACAUGUCAUGAAAUUAAAGGAAGAAAAUAACCAACUCAAAUUGGAGAUUUCUAAACUCCGUUCUCAGCUGACUAAGGAAAAACAAGUUGGGAAAAAGCUUCAGGAACAAGUGAAUGAAAUAAAAGGUUUCAGACGGUUUGAUCCUUCUAAAGCUUUUCAGCAUGAGAGUAAAGAAAACUGUACUCCCAAAAUGCCUUUGAAAGAAGGUAACAGAAAAUGCUACUGAGAGCCUAUGGAGUUUCUAGAAUCAUGUGAGAAGACAUCACAGAUAAUCUAUAAGGACUAUUUAUAAUAUCUGGGUUUGGGAACACUCAAAUUUUUGAGAUUUUAAUAAUGCUAAAAAUUUUAAUAAUUCACUCUCUUUUAGCUAUAUGAAAAGUAUACAGAAUUCCAUCAACAUUGAUUCCUCAUAUUCAAGGGCAAUGUCCCAUUUUAGUUUUCUUAAACUUUCCAUUUUUCUUUCCAUUCAUAUUAUUGCUACUAUAAUGAGUACCAUGUAUAACUAGUCUCUGUGCUUCAGGUCUCUUUUCCCUAUUUCAAUUUUUUUCUGUAUACUUCUAUUGGAUUAGUCUUCCUUUAAAGAAAAAUAAUGGUAUUAUAUAUUUUCCCCACAAAAUUUAUUGCAUUGCUAUUGCACGAUUAUCAGCAGCCAAAGAGACAAAAAUUAUAAUAGUCAACUUAAUAUCUUGUUUGAUUAUAUUUAGGUGAAAUACUAAAUUAGGAAUACUAGUUGCAGCAUUUUUAAUGAAGGCUAUGUAUGUUUAAAAAUUUUUAAAAUAAGGACACAUAAAUCAUUUUUACUUACCCCUUUCAAUUCAUACAUUUGUAGCAAGUGGAUCUUCCAAUGUGUGACUAUUUGAUAAAUAGUAUCCUUUCCCAAGAGAAAGAAAAAGGUGAAAGUCCAUUUGAAAGACCCAUCCAAAAGUGAUUUAUUAGAGGAUAUUCUUUCUAGAUAAUCUACAUAGAGAUUGGUGGUGGGUGUUAUGGUCAUCUAAUUCUGUAUUCACACAUGAUGACAUGGCAGCUCUCAUGUAAGGUAUUUUAGUUUUCCCUUAUAUAUAUAUAUAUAAAAUCUCUCUCUGAUGUGUGUAAAAGAUGCUUUCCCCUUUAGGAAAGAUAGGGAGGGUAGUCCAGAAUUGAUUAGGAGCAAGAUAUUAUCUGUUAUCUUCUUUGAGUACAACAAUUGAGAAGCAUGAAGGUAAAAGAUUUGCAUGCUUCCUCUUUUCCUUAAGAUUGGCUACCAAAAUGUGGACAAUUUUAUGUAAUAUCCCUGGCGAUAGGGCCAUUUUGACCCAAGGAGGUUAUUCUUCUAUGAAGUUGUCAUUAAGGAAACGAGGGCGAUUGCCAGCUUGAAAGCCUAAGUAGGAAAGAAAGAAUUAAAACUAUUUAGAUGUUCUGUCAAUAUAUGCAUAUCUUUUCCAGGAGUCUGCCCCUUUUUAUCUGUGCCAGAAGAAUGGUCUUGAGCUAUUCUUCCAUUUAGAAUCUGAGACCUCUCAUUAAGAUACUUUUAUCUCUUAGUGGUCUACAUAUAAAUUUUAACUCUAGUUCUAAAAGAAAUAGAAGAAAAAAAUAAUAUCCUAGUAUUCUGAUUGGGGGAGAAGGGGAAAGCGAUAGUAGGGGGGGAAGAAGCUGUUAUUUAUUUAGCUAUGUUUAAAGUCAUGUAUAUGUAUAUUUUUUUCCUAGCAAGAAAUAUCAAUUCAUUUGCAUUUCCCUUAAGAAGGAUGGCACUUGCAGUACUUCUAAAAAUAUAUAACUUUAUUAAAUACUUUGUAUAACGAAUGUCACGUAAAUCACAAAUUCUGUGCUAUGAAGUGGGCAGUGAUAAUAGAUUAUCAUUGUGAUAGAGAUUAUCAUUAGGGAUAAAUUUGCUAAUGUGGAUUUAUUUUCAUUAAAAAGACUAAAAUCUUAAAAUGUGAUUGUGUACAUAGUAUCUAGGCUUAAAGUAUUCUAAUUACAAAAUAAAAAUUACCUUAACCUUA